AUGCGUCCGUCGCUCGCGGCAAAAAAGGUCGCGCGCGGUCAACAGGAGGCCGGCAAGAAAGCGGAAGACAAGGGCCCUAAACCAAAGCCACGCAAGCGUAUUUCUACAGUGAACAAAGAUGCGCAUGUUGCCUCUGCUGGAACCGAGCCCGGUCCGAGUAAAGACGGCACCACUGGCGGCAACGAAGAUCCGGGGCGAGGGAGCACGAGUCUUGCACUCCCGUCGGCGGAGAUGGAGGGAUCGACGACGCGUAGGCAGAGGAAGAGCGAUGGGGAGGACGAUUAUGACACCGCCGUGCCCGGGGACCACAUUACGCGGGCGAAGAGGCGGCAGACGACAGGUAGUGCUGACGACGCCGGAGGCGCGGCAGUUGGGACACCGCGAGGCGCCAAGGAAGCUAGUGGCAAGGCGGGCGGUCAAGCAUUGCGCCAGAAGGGCCGACCCGCAGCAAUAAAAGCAUCCGGUGGAAGGAGAGGCAAGAAAUCAGCGACGGGAACAAAGCCGAAACGGAGCGAUGAAAACCCCAGUGAUGCGGAGGAGGAGGAGGAUGAGGAGGAGGAUGCGGAGGGAGAGGAGGAUGAAGAGGAAGUGGAGGAGGAUGACGUGGAUGUUGGGGAGGAUGAAAAAGAUGAGAAUGAUGGCGGGGAGGACGAAGAGGAGGAGGAGGAGGAGGAUGAGGAGGAGGAGGAGGAGGAGGAGGAGGAGGAGGAGGAGGAGGAGGAGGAGGAGGAGGAGGAGGAGGAGGCAGAGGAGGAGGAGGAGGAGGAGGAGGAGGAGGAGGAGGAGGAGGAGGAGGAGGAGGAGGAGGAGGAGGAGGAGGAGGAGGCAGAGGAGGAGGAGGAGGAGGAGGAGGAGGAGGAGGAGGAGGAGGAGGAGGAGGAGGAGGAGGAGGAGGAGGAGGAGGCAGCGGAGGAGGAGGAGGAGGAGGCAGCGGAGGAGGAGGAGGAGGAGGAGGAGGAGGAGGAGGAGGAGGAGGAGGAGGAGGAUGUGGCACCAGUGAAGGGACGGGGUGGGCGUGGCAGACGGCACGAGCAUUUUGUUACACGGGAGGAGUUCCAGGUGCUGCGGUCAGAGAUGUACGCCAUGUUUGCACAGCUCGGCCUGCGUCGUGGAGUACCUGCCAGCUAUGCCGGCAGGUCGGCAGCCCUGCCUAUGGCUGGUACCCCGCCGCCGAUGAGCACCGUGGACAAGGCACGAGUGCUAGUGUUGUAG